ACUAUCCUGGCAAUGAGUAAAGAGAGGACAUAGUUUCUACAGAGUGAACUUGUCUGCUCCUGUUAUUUGGGUCUCUCAUCUCCUCCAGCAUGAUUCGACUGUGGCUCCCCGGAGGCUCCUGUGUGGCAGCUGUGGUCCUGACACUGAUGGUGCUGAGUCCUCCCGUGGCGUUGGUCAGGGACCCCCGACCUCGGUACUUGGAACAAGUUAAAUAUGAAUGUCAUUUCUACAACGGGACGCAGCGCGUGCUGUAUCUGGAGAGACGCAUCCACAACCGGGAGGAGUACGCUCGCUUCGACAGCGACGUGGGCGAGUUCCGUGCGGUGACCGAGCUGGGGCGGCCUGACGCCAAGUACUGGAACGGCCAGAAGGAUCUCCUGGAGGACAGGCGGGCCUCGGUGGACAAUUACUGCAGACACAACUACGGGGUUUUCGAUAGCUUCAUUGUGCAGCGGAAAGCUGAGCCCAAGGUGACUGUGUACCCGACAAAGACGCGGCCCCUGGACCACCACAACCUCCUGGUCUGCUCUGUGAGCGGCUUCUACCCCGGACACAUUGAAGUCAGAUGGUUCCGGAACGGCCAAGAGGAGAAGACUGGGGUUGUGUCCACCGGCCUGAUCCGGAAUGGAGACUGGACCUUCCAGACCCUGGUGAUGCUGGAGACGGUUCCUCAGAGUGAAGAGGUUUACACCUGCCAGGUGGAGCAUGCCAGCCUGACCAGCCCUGCCACAGUGAAGUGGAGUGAGUGGGAAGCUCCUGACCCUGAGACUCCCCGCCCACCAGGGAGGGGGCGUGGUUUACCCCAGCCUAUCAGCUCUCUGACCCUGAGACUCCCCGCCCACCAGGUAGGGGGCGUGGCUUAUUCCACAGGGAAUAACGCAUAAACUUUCCAAGUUACCAGCCUUUAUUCCUUACCUAGUUCAAUGUCUACACCCACUAUACUGCUGAUUAAGAAGGGAGCUACGUGGAAAUGUUCCCAAACAGAAAGUCAUUGAAAAAUAAAAUAAUUAGAAAGACUGAGUGAAAGUUCCGAGUGCCUCCUGCUAAACAUGUCAAUGAAGACAAAUAUCGCCAGCACAGCACACAGUAGGAGUGAGGUUCUCUGGCAAGAAAGUGUACCUCUAAAGUUUAGGCCAUGACCCCAGAAAGGAACUGAAACUAGAUGCACCUCCUCAGGACAGCAGCUAUCAAGAGUAAAGUGGAGCUGCUGGCCCAGGCUUUACUGGCCAUCCUACUCUCAGCCCUCGGGAGGCAGAGGCAGGCAGAUCUCUGAGUUCAAGGCCAGCCUGGUCUACAGAGCAAAUUCCAGGAAGGCCAGGGCUACACAGAGAAACCCCAUCCUGAAAAACAUCAACAACA